AUGGCAGCCAUGCUCCUGACAGCCUGGCCCCAGAAGUCGGUGACCUUUGAGGACGUGGCUGUGUACUUCACCCAGGCGGAGUGGGAUGGCCUGUCCCCUGCACAGAGGGCUCUGUACAGGGAUGUGAUGCUGGAGAAUUAUGGGAAUGUGGCCUCCCUGGGAUUUCCCCUUCUCAAACCUACUGUGAUCUCACAGCUGGAGGGAGGAGGUGAGCUGGAGGGCCCAUCUCCACUGGCCUCUGGAACAGGCACAGGCCCCCAGGGCCUCUGGACUGUAAAUACUGAUAUCCAGACUGACAGUAAUUUGACAGAAGAAAUGUAUGAAGAAAAACAUAAUACAUCAUUUGAACUUCAAGGGAACUCUUCCCAGGAAACAGACUUUUCAGAAACUUAUAUUCUAGAGAAACAGCAGGAAGUCCACUCAGUAGGAAGUAUGGAGAAAGAAAACAGGAGUGUCAUUGAUGGGACAGUGAAAGACAACAUAAGCCUCGUGGAGGAGUGUUUCUUUAGGCAAAGUCCAAACUUGAAUCAGUGUCAUACCAUCUCCACUGGAGAGCAGUCCCCUGAGUGUACAGGAUUGGAGAAAGCCUUCAGCUUUGACACAAAACUUAUUCAACAUGAAAUAAUUAAUUCCGGGGAAAGACCUUUCAAAUGUGAAGAAUUAGUGGAAAGCUUUAGGUGUAACUCUCAACUUAAUCAGGAUCAAGAUAGCUACACUGGGGAGAAGCCCCAUCAGUGUAAGGAGUGUGGCAAAGCCUUUAGCGUUAAUGCAAAAUUAAUUUGGCAUCAAAGACUUCACAGUGGGGAGAAGCCCUUCAAAUGUGUAGAGUGUGGAAAAAGCUUCAGUUACAGUUCCCAUUAUAUCACACAUCAGACUAUCCACAGUGGGGAGAAGCCCUAUCAGUGUAAGGUGUGCGGGAAAGCCUUCAGCGUUAAUGGGAGUCUGAGUAGGCAUCAGAGAAUCCAUACAGGAGAGAGGCCCUAUCAGUGCAAGGAGUGUGGGAAUGGCUUUAGCUGCAGUUCUGCAUAUAUCACACAUCAGAGAGUCCACACUGGAGAGAAACCUUACGAGUGUAAUGACUGUGGGAAAGCUUUCAAUGUUAAUGCAAAAUUAAUUCAACAUCAGAGGAUCCACACUGGAGAGAAACCUUAUGAAUGUAAUGAGUGUGGGAAAGGCUUCAGGUGCAGCUCCCAGCUUAGGCAGCAUCAGAGCAUCCACACUGGAGAGAGACCCUAUCAGUGUAAGGAGUGUGGAAAAGCCUUUAGUAAUAAUGCAAAACUCAUUCAGCAUCAAAGAAUUCACACAGGGGAGAGACCCUAUGAGUGUACUGAAUGUGGAAAAGCCUUUGGCGUCAAAGGGAAGUUAAUCCAGCACCAGAGAAUCCACACGGGUGAGAAACCCUAUGAGUGUAAAGAAUGUGGGAAAGCCUUCAGGUGUAACUCCCAGCUUCGGCAGCAUCUGAGAAUCCACACCGGGGAGAAGCCCUAUGAGUGUAAUGAGUGUGGAAAGGCCUUCAACGUUAAUGCAAAACUAAUGCAGCACCAGAGGAUUCACACUGGGGAGAAGCCCUUUGAAUGUAAUGAGUGUGGGAAAUGCUUUACUUCUAAAAGAAACCUACUUGAUCAUCACCGAAUCCACACUGGAGAAAAGCCUUACCAGUGUAAGGAAUGUGGGAAAGCCUUCAGCAUCAAUGCCAAACUAACUAGGCAUCAGAGAAUACACACUGGGGAGAAACCAUUCAAAUGUAUGGAAUGUGAGAAAGCAUUUAGCUGUAGUUCUGACUAUAUUGUACAUCAGAGAAUCCAUACUGGAGAGAAACCCUUUCAAUGUAAGGAGUGUGGAAAAGCCUUCCAUGUUAAUGCUCAUUUAAUUCGGCAUCAGAGAAGCCACACUGGGGAGAAACCCUUCAGAUGUGUGGAGUGUGGCAAAGGCUUCAGCUAUAGUUCUGACUGUAUUAUACAUCAGACUGUCCAUACUUGGAAGAAACCAUAUGUCUGUAAUUUGUGUGGGAAAGCCUUCAGGUUUAGCUUCCAACUUAGUCAGCAUCAGAGUGUCCAUAGUGAAGGAAAAUACUAAUAAGGAUGUAGUAAACUGUCAAGGUUAAUGCUGAACUACAUCAAGCAUCCUCAGAUUCACGCUGGUGGAAAACCCUGAGAGAAAUGGAUAUGGCAGAGUCUUCACAAGGAAACAAAUCUUUUCCAUUUUAUUCAAUUUUAGAUCAAGAAUGACAACCAGUUUUAAAAUAACAUCCAAAAAUAAAUAGUUUGUUUUAUACCAACAACCAGUAGAAAAUAUAAUGAAAGAAAAUAUCCCAUUCCCAACAGCAUCAAGAAAAGUUGAUUUUCUAGAUAUAAACUUACUAGGACCUAUGUGGAGAAAUUAUAAAUCUCUGCUGAGGGGCACAAAAGGAAAGUUAAAUAAAUAGGGGGAGAGAGAGUGAUACCUUGUUCUUAGAUAGAAAAACUCAUAAAGAUACUACCUACCUAAAUUAAUUUAUUGCCCUUUUACUUUUGACAACAAGCAUGCAUCACUUUUGUAAAGAGGGAAAACAAUAAAGAGUU